UGUCAAAAUCACGAAGCUCGUCGAAAAAGAAAUGAAAACAAAACCAUGCUUUCUGCAGUGCUUUGAAUUAUAAUUCUUGAGUUUUUAGUGGAAAUACAGGAAAAUGGAAAGUGAAGUACAAAAAUAUAUAGUUGAUUGUAGUAUAGUGAAGGAGGAGUAUGUUGUUAAGGAAGAAAUUGUGCCAAUUCUUAUCGCAAAAACAGACGGUGAAUUUUUACCAAAGCCCCCAAAAACGCUAAAGCCUGCGAUCAAUAAAAUUAAGACAAAGAAACACAUUUGUUCUCACUGUGGAAAGGCAUUUCAGUGGCGCCGAGAUGUUCGGUUUCACAUCACCAAACAUUCCAAAGAAAAGAAGUUCCAAUGCACAAAAUGCUUAAGAGCCUAUGCCGAUCAAUCCAGGCUGAAUAUCCAUCUUAGGCUUCACUCCAAUGAGCACUCUCAUGAGUGCAAACUUUGCUGGAAAAUUUUCAAAAAUGCCGAAUAUUUGAGGCUUCAUCUUAAACGGCAUCUUGGCAUUAGGAAUCACGAAUGUCCAGUUUGUGGUAAAAAAUUCAUUGACACCAGGAACUGGAGGUAUCACAUGCAGAAGGUCCACGAAGAGGUUAAGCUCAAAGGUCUUCCCAGGAGCAGGUGGACUUGUGAUAUUUGCGGAACAUUCACCAUGGACAAAUGUUCAUUUGAAAAGCAUUUACUGAGCCACAGUGAUGUGAAAACGGCCGAAUGUCCAAUUUGCCAGAAGAAAUUUAAGCAUGAAUCCUAUCUUAAGACUCACAUGAAUACUCACGGAACAGAAAGGCCAUUCUUGUGCGUUAUUUGUGGCAAAGGAUUCAAAACAAAAGUCACUCACAGAUCUCACCAAGUGAUCCAUUCAAACGAAUUUAGAAAGUGCCCCUAUUGCAAUAAAAUGUACAAGUACAAGGAGACAUUCAAGAGACACAUCUGGAACCACCACAGAGGACUUCCUUUUGAGAUAAAAGUUGGAACAGUUUGUUGUACUGUGUGCAAGGACAGAUUUAAGAAUUUGGAAGCUCUCCAGAAGCACGUAAUCAUUCAUGCUGAUGAGUUGCCCUUUGUAUGUGAGCUCUGUGGGAAAGGAUUCAAAGACAAACGUAAAUUGCGGACUCACAUUCGAUUAAUGCACGAAAGAUAUUCACAGAAUAGAGUACUAAAGUGUCCUCAGUGUGGAAAAGGAUGUCGAGGAGAAACCUUUUUGGCCAUGCAUCAAGCCAUUCACAAUAAUGAAGCUCUAUUUGAGUGUGCCAUUUGCUCAAAGAAAUUUAAGAAGAAAUCACAAAUAAAGCAACAUGUACUGACACAUAGUAAAAGUAGGAAGAUGUAUUCAUGUCAAAUCUGCGGAAUUGAAAGAACUAGCGCUAGGAGUAUUAGAAAACACGAGGCAAAGCACAAUUCUGAGGGUACUCUAAAAUGUCCGGCAAAGAAGUGUCAAAUGAUUUUCUGCCAUAUCAAGAACCGAAAUGAACAUAUCGAAAAGGAACACAAAGAGUUCAAGUACAUUUGCAAAAUUUGUGGAGAUAUGGUAAAGCAUAGGAAGAACUUGAGGGAACAUGAUGUGAAGCAUAGAGCUGAGGGUCGGACUAAGCGGUACAAACCCACGAAAACAGUAAAGAAAAUCAAAAAAGAAGUAAAGAUGGAAGAAGAUGUGAAGAUUGAGGUAAAAGAAAUUAAAAGUGAACCUCAGGAAAAUCUUCCCCGGAAGAAAGAAAAGAAGCAUAUCUGUGCCAUAUGUGGUAAAUCCUUUUAUCAUCCACGUGAUAUUCGGUAUCAUAUGAGUGUCCAUUCAACCGAGAGAAAUUUCCAUUGCCCAAAGUGUCCUAAGAGAUUCACGAGUGAUUUGAGGAUGAGAACACAUCUGAGAAUUCACGAAACUGACGGAAUCUUUCCAUGUAAGCUCUGUGGGAAGAUUUUCAAAAAUUCAGAAUACCUCCGGAUUCACCUGAAUAGACAUGCGGGCAUUAAAAAGUUCGAAUGCACAGUUUGUGGCUUGAUGCUGGCAGAAGCGAGGAAUUUGAAGCAGCAUAUGUUGCGAUUUCAUCAAGAAGAAACCGUCAAAGUGCUUCCAAAAAGCCAGUUUACUUGCGAUCACUGUGGAAAAGAUUGUCUGGAUAAAAAAUCAUACAAAGGACACAUUCUUUCGCAUUCCGAUGUAAGGAAUGUUCCAUGUCCAGUGUGUCAGAAAAUGUACAAGAGCGAGGAUCAUGUCAAGGCUCAUAUGAAAGUUCACAACAAAUAUACUCCCUUUGCCUGUAUAAUCUGUAACCAUGCUGUGAAAACUCGAGGAAACCUGGCAAAGCACAUGUGGACCCAUCAUCGUGGAAUUCCGACAGAUUACAAAGAGGGUCCCGUUGCCUGUACGGCCUGCAAUGAAACUUUUAAGAACUUUGAUGCUCUGCAGAAGCAUGUAAUUGUGCAUUCGGAAGAAAAACCUUAUCAAUGUCCGACCUGUGGGAAUUGCUAUCGUCAUCACAGGAGUAUGAGAAAUCACAUUCGAGAGGUCCAUGAAGACAAUAAAGAACGUCCCAAUAGAGUGUUAAAGUGUCCGCAAUGUGGUAAAGGAUGCAAGGGGCAAACCUUUUUAGCCUUGCAUCUAGCUACUCAUAGUAAUGAGGCUCAGUUUGAGUGUGCCAUUUGCUCAAAGAAAUUCAAAUUGAAAUCCCACAUAAGGCUGCAUGUUGUGAGGCACAGCAAAGAGAGAAAAAUGUACUCUUGUAGAAUUUGUGGAGUUGAAAGAACAAGUGCAAGAAGUAUUCGGAGUCAUGAGGCGAAACAUAACUCAAGAAAGUAUUUCAAUUGCCUUGCAGAAGAUUGCAAAUUGAUCUUUUCAAAUAAGAAAGCUCGAAAUGAUCAUAUCCUCAAGGACCACACGGAAUUUCAGUAUACUUGCGGCAAAUGCAAAGAUAUGGUCAAGGAUGAAGAACAUUUGCGAGAGCAUGAGAAGAUGUGCAAAAAUGAUGGGAAGAAACCAUACAGAGAGAAACAUUCCAAGGAUAAAAGUCUAUCAAAAGGGAAGAAAGAUAGAAUUUCAUGUGAUAAAGAAAAGGAAAUACGAGAGAAGAAGCAUAUUUGUGCUCAUUGUGGUAAAGCAUUCAUGUGGCGCCGAGACAUUCGAUUUCACAUCACAAAGCAUUCCAAAGAGAAAAAGUUCAAGUGUCCUCACUGUCCACGACGCUAUCCCGACAAACACAGACGAGACGUACAUUCAAAACUGCACGGGAAUCCACAUGAAUGCAAACUCUGUGGCAAAGUCUUCCAGAAUUCUCGGUAUUUAAAGCUCCAUCUACAAAGACAUCUUGGAUUGAAAAGAUUUGAAUGUGAUAUUUGCAGCAGGAAAUUUCCGGAAGCAAGAAACUGGAGGUAUCACAUGGAGCGUGUACAUCAAGUGGAUAGUGCAAGUGUUCGAGAUUACAACACUCGUUCUAAAAAGACUGAUGACAAUUUAAUACAAUCGACAAUAAUUCAAAAGACUCAAAUUAAAACUGAAAAUGCGACUGAAUUCGGUAUGGAGUAUCCAAGAAUCAAGAUUGAAGAUGAUGAUUCGACUUUCAUUAAAGUGGAAGAAGUGAACGAGAUUUGAUUUAAAAAUGAACCCAAAACAAAAGCUGAACCCGUUUGGAAUCAACAGGUAGUUUAUGGUGAAUAUUUUGCUUCGGGAUGAGUUGAAAAGUCGUCGAUAGAAGAGGGAAGAAGUAGAAGAAGUAUCGCAUGGGCCUGUCAAUCAGCGUGCCUUAUCAAUUUGUUAUAUAGGCCCACAAUAAAAUUAGAUAGUGAUUGAAAUGGAUUUUCAAGAAGA